UCAUUACGUCAGUAGCGAUUGCGAAUGAGUAAAUCGGUUCUUGUUUUGAUCGAGGAUGACAGGAAUAAAUGAAAACGUCAGUAUUUUGUAAAAAAUAUUAAAUGUAAAGACGUUUUGGUGUUUCAUAACAGUGUUUCCUAAGAUGGGGAAUUGUUUGAAAACACCCAAUAAUGACGACAUCUCUCUUCUGCGUGGUAGCGAAGGUCAAGAUGGACCAGACAACCUGGGCCCCCCUCCACCAUAUCAGGAAAGACAGAGGCCUAUAGAGAGAUCUCGAGUACCUAUGUACCACCCCUCUCCAAAUGUCAGUAGACCAGCAAACCAGCUGACAGAAGAUGAACAGAUCAAGAUUGCAAAACGCAUGGGACUCAUCAGUCACCUCCCUCUAGGAGUUUACGAUGGCAGUUCUAAAAAGGGCAAAGAGUGUGCAAUAUGUAUGUGUGAUUUUGUGUUAGGAGAAUCUCUACGAUUUUUACCGUGUAUGCACAUUUACCACAAAGACUGUAUCGAUGACUGGCUGAUGAGGGCCUUCACGUGCCCUUCCUGUAUGGAACCAGUCGAUGCUGCCCUUCUCUCCUCCUACCAGUCCAACUGACCCUCUGUGUUGGUGGGGUGUACGUGAUAUACAUGUAGUUCAUUGUGAUAAUGUACGUAGAUGGCAAACAUUGCCAUUGUCAUCAAGUUCCAUUAGGUUUCUAUCUAGUCUCAUUAAGGUUACUGUUUUAUUUAUCCCUCACUGUCAGGUGACAAGUUUAAAUUAAGAUAACUACUUAUAAUGUAUGUUCAUUCAAAGGAUAAAUUUGUUAAUCAAGUAGAUAAACCUCCUUAAUUAGGAGUUGGGUUCAGAGUUUUCUUUGGUAGUUUGUUGUUUGUUUUGUAUUUGUUGUUUUUUCUCUCGUUUUUUGCAUCUUAUUAUCUAUACUUUAUCUUGCAUUUAAUAUAUCAGAUUCCUGAGCUAGUCAUUAUUCACUGCUGAUUUAGACUGGCAUACUGUACCCUCCCAUCUCCAGUUUAAAUGAACCCUUUUGCCAAGCAGUAAGCUUGUCUGUGUACACGAAAAAAAGUAAUUAUUUUGAUUAAUGGCUGCAUGGGUAUUGAUUAAAAUAAGGUCUAGGUCCCGUUUUUCUCUCUGAGCAUAGUAUAUUCAUUCAUGGUGAAAGAAUGAAGGUUGUGUGGGAUAAAGUUUAUGCAUAUUUUAUAAGUGUUUGAGUUGCAAUAUGUGUUCUAACAUUUAUGGACCCUUCCUCUUUGUGACAUUGUUCAAUUAAUGACUAUUCAUAUAAAAUGAAUACAUCAACUUUGGUUUAAAAGGCAAAUGCAAUCACGAAAUUUGAUAAACAGAACUGUUAAAAUGCUAAAGAAUGUUUAAAUUUGCUAAUCUUGAAUUUUGUUUUAUUGGAUUAAUUAUCAUCAAGACUGGCCAUUAUCAGGAGGGUACAUAUUGAUUUUUUUUUUUAAUUCUGAAACUCCAAAUUACACUUCCCUGUAUGUGCAUGUAUGUCUCAUGAUUCAUCCAUUGUUUUAAAGUUGGAAAGGUAUAAUAUAUAAUAUCUAUACAAGUAUCUAAUUGUACUGAAUGAGUGGAUCAAUACAUUGCUGAAUCUGAUUUUGGCGGGGAAGAAUAAUUAUACUUGUAGACUGGUGCUGAGGCUUGCAAAAUGUUCCCGUUUCUUUGUGUUUUUGUUGGGAUUCUCCUGCUUAAAAAAGGCAUUUAUCUGUAAGCAGCUUUGUGUUAGAAAACCUCGUUUAUAUACAUAAACAAUGUGUAUAGGACAUUGAAAAUGUUUUAAAUGUAGAAAUGAUAGAUAUUAGAUUUUUUUUUCUCAAUGAUAUUGAGUGAAUUUUCUCAUCUAUAGAUCUAUACCUGUAGGUCGUUAUAACCGUAACUCUAAUUCCUUUGGAAUUUCAAAGGUUUGUUAUCUUUAUUUUAAUUUAAACAAAAUGUUUAUUAAUGAAUUGUUGUGAUUUUUUGUACAUUUUUGUACAGAUGCACACACACACACACACACAUUAUUUAAGUUUGGUUUCCUUGUUUGCCAAGUGUUUUCAAGUGUCUCACAACACUAGAUUUAUAGCUGCAAGCAUCACCAAUGCUGGUACAAAAUACACUUUCAGGGGGUUAUGCUGCAACAUUUAACUAUAAGAAAGCCUUAAUUUUGAUUAAAUGAAUUUGAUGCUAAAUUGUUUUUAACAACAUCAUAUAUUUUGUCUUUGUUACUGUAUUUUACAGAAAGAUUUUUUUUUUUUGAAUUUCAGUAUACUAGAUAAAUUCAAAGGCAUUUUACCCGUAUUUAGGGGUAUCAGUAAAAUUUCAUGUUUAUAAUAUAUAUGUACCUAUACAUGUACAUAAAAAAUACCGAAAAAAUGGCAAAUUUAAAUGGAUAUUGUCUCUUUGUUCUUGGAUAUUAUAUAUCAAAAGAGUCUAUUAGUCCCAUUGUGUCAUUAUUAAUAGAAUUUAUACACAGUAUUAAAUUAUAUAGACAAAACCUUACCUCGUUUUUAUCCAGAAAAACAAAUUGUAUUUUAACAUGUACAGUGUAAGGAAAUUAUACAGUUAAAUCAUGUGUAUAUGACUAGAUUUGAUUUAAAUUUACUCAAUACAAUUACUUGAUAUUACUUUGAUAUUUUAAUAAAAGAAGGGGGUAGUUACCAGUGAAUGUAUGGUAACUUUUUAUUUGAAGGAUCAAUGUUAGGAUGAUGGUAAUGAAUGAUGGUAUUAAUGAAUAAAUGUAGGGAGGGGGCAUAUAAGACUUAAAUCAUUGUUGUUAAACUUAGUCAUAAAUGAGAAAGUAGUCAUCUUGAUACAUAUAGCUAAAAAUAGAAAUAAGUAGCUAUAUAAUUGAAACUUUAAAAUUUGCUCACUUUUUAAAGUCAGAAUAAAUACAUGAAAUGUAAAUAUCUAUUUAUUCGGAAGCUACAUGUUGCUUUUUGUGUGCUUUGUUAUACAUGUACUUGUUUGUGUAAAUGUGUGAUAUAUGAUGUUCGGAAUAGUUUUGUAGUGCUUGUUUUACAACCAUGGCAGUUCAUGGUUAUACACCAACAAACAAAAAUAAUUAUUAAGUUAGAAAUAUCAUUUUUCUGUGGUGAAACACUAAAUAGACCAAAGAACGUUUUAUCGAAUUAUUCAUGAAAACAUUAAUGUUUUAUAUACAUUCAGUGCCUAAAACUAUAAUUAUAGUACAUGUAUAGCAUUUCUUUGAAAAAUUCUGAAUUUGAAGUAUUAACUGUUAAGGACUUGUUGUGUAUUUGUUCCAAUAUAAGAACUUAUAUUUAAAAUUACCCCGUUAUCCACAUUUUUGACAUAACAGGUUUCAUUUAUUUCAGUCAAGGAGUCCUGUAAAGAGGUUGUUAAUUGAUGUUAAUUAAAGAAUUUAUUGUUAAACACUGAGACAAAGAUCUCCACAUUGUUAUAUUUAUUAUGAUUAUUCAGUAACUAUACUGCCACUGUCACAAAUAAACUUUACAAAACUC